CAGACUUCCUUCAAUGUUAUUUCUGGGGAGCAGGGUAAAAGUACUAAAAAAUGUUGCCGAUCCACAACACCGGGACGGACUGAAUGGAGGCGACGCUGUCAGAAAGCGGAGAUCAUAAAUCCGUCUACAGUCAACUGAGCGGCUUGUUGAGUUCUCCAUAAACGUCCAGCCCUCGGUCUCCCCAUGCCUCCAUCUCCUCUUGACGACAGAAUUGUGGUGGCGCUGCCAAGGCCGAUCCGACCUCAGGAACUCCAACUGCGCCUGGACACCAGCUACCUGGACUCCAUCGCCACUACCAGCAGCAACAAGACAGUCAUCAACACCACCGUGGUGAAGAUCCGGGCAACGGCCAAUCUUGUAACGUAUAUGCCCUCAUCCAAGGGCUCCACGCGCUCAUUGUCGUGUGGAUGCAGCAGUGCCAGCUGCUGCUCAGUGACUACCUAUGAGAAGGACAGCCAGAGCCUCAGCCACAGCCAGGUGAGCGCCAGCAGCCCCAACCUCAGCUAUGCUGGGCCCCCCACACCUAUGGUCAGCAACCAUGAAGCAUUAAGCGCCUCCAGUCUCACCCAGGGCACGCCUAAAGCCCUGUCCACCGUGAGAGUUAUCCACCCCAAUGAGCUGGCCAAGCGGAUGGCCUGCUGCCCCAUGGGUCACCCUGUGGGGCCUAUGCCGGUCAUCAUCGACUGCAGGCCCUUCAUGGAGUACAACAAGAGCCACAUCCGGGGGGCUGUGCAUAUCAACUGCUCUGACAAGAUCAGCCGGCGGCGGCUGCAGCAGGGCAAGAUCACUGUGUUGGACCUCAUCUCUUGCCGUGAGGGCAAGGACUCUUAUAAGGGCAUCUUCUCCAAAGAGAUUGUGGUUUACGAUGAGAGCACCACGGACCCCAACCGGCUGACAUCCUCCCAGCCACUGCAUGUGGUCCUGGAGUCACUGAGGAGGGAGGGCAAAGACCCCAUCGUCCUCAAAGGAGGCCUUAGCUGCUUCAGGCAGAGCCAUGAGAACCUGUGCGAGCACUCGCUGCAUCUCCACGAAGGCUUGGACACAGGUGCAGCUUCUGGCCUGACGGGGCCGCUACCUCACACCCUGCCCUCCACCCCGGACAUCGAGAACGCAGAGCUCACGCCAAUCCUGCCCUUCCUCUAUCUGGGGAAUGAGCAUGACGCUCAGGACGCCAACCUGCUGCAGCGCUUGAACAUUGGCUAUAUCCUAAACGUAACCACCCACCUGCCGCUCUACCACUACGACACGGGCUUCUUCAUCUACAAGCGCCUGCCUGCCACCGACAGCAACAAGCAGAACCUGCGCCAGUACUUCGAGGAGGCGUUUGAAUUCAUUGAGGAAGCACACCAAGCAGGUAUGAGCCUUCUGAUUCACUGCCAGGCAGGUGUUUCCCGUUCAGCCACCAUCGUGAUCGCCUACCUGAUGAAGCACACCUGGAUGACCAUGACAGACGCCUACAAGUUUGUCAAAACCAGGAGGCCCGUCAUCUCCCCAAACCUCAACUUCAUGGGCCAGCUAUUGGAGUUUGAGGAGGACCUCAACAACGGAAUCACGCCACGAAUCCUCACACCAAAGCUCAUCGGUGUGGAGACCAUUGUCUAAACAAAAAACCCUCGACUCGAUGCUCACACUCGUACUCACUCUCACUGUUUUUCAAGAGGGGCUGGCUGCUCGAUGAGCUGGUUUUGCGUGUGAGAGAGCCGCUGUAUUCUUCUUGAAUCUCCUCAUGCUCAUCUUGGACUCUCUGGAGUGCCAAAGCUCUGGGUCAGUGGUGAUGAGAAAUGCCAAAAAUCCCUACUGUUUGGACCUGGCCGAAGUCCCGGAGGCGAAGACGAGUUAGAGAGAUAGAGACAGAAAGAAAGAGAGGACGC